CUCUGCUCUUUAUCUGCGGGGCCGCUGUGACGUGGUGACGCUGCGCUGCUGGGAGCCUCCUCUCUGGUUGGUCCCGCUCGAUCCGCGGACAUAAAGCGGGGGGUUUGCGCUCUUUGCGCCACAUUGUCUGAGACCAGGAACAAUGAGCGGACGAGGAAAGACCGGCGGAAAGGCCCGAGCGAAGGCGAAGACCCGCUCCUCCCGUGCCGGGCUCCAGUUCCCAGUCGGCCGUGUUCACAGGCUGCUGCGCAAAGGCAACUACGCGCAGCGUGUGGGCGCCGGCGCCCCCGUCUACCUGGCGGCUGUGCUGGAGUACCUGACCGCUGAGAUCCUGGAGCUGGCUGGAAACGCCGCCCGCGACAACAAGAAGACCCGCAUCAUCCCCCGCCACCUGCAGCUGGCCGUGCGCAACGACGAGGAGCUCAACAAACUGCUGGGCGGAGUGACCAUCGCUCAGGGCGGCGUGCUGCCCAACAUCCAGGCUGUUCUGCUGCCCAAGAAGACCGAGAAGGCCGCCAAGUCCAAGUAAAGCUGCUGGACCCCUCCAACACAAAGGCUCUUUUAAGAGCCACACACUCCUCUGAUGAGCAGCAAAGCUCCUCGUGUUUCAUCGUCAUCCUGUAUCUUCAAUAACAAUAAAAAUAAUGUUAACAUUCACAUCAGGACCACGUGUUAUUCACAUGGUCGCUUUUUAAA